CUUGUUCCCCGUGGCUGUAUAGAAGUCCAAAUAUAAGGGCUGGACCUGUGAGCCUGAAAGUCAGCCUUUCACACACUGGUCGGUAAUUAACCAAAAGUGAGAACGGACAUAGAGAAACAGCAUUUUCGCACUGAGUGGGAAAAUGGGGAUAGCAGCGGAAGCUCAUAACGUGAAGAUUUUGGGAUCAGGCACAGAGUGUAUAGUUCUGGCUCACGGAUUCGGCACGGACCAGUCUCUGUGGAAACACUUUGUACCUUAUCUCCUCGACGAUUACCGUGUCAUUCUCUACGACAACAUGGGUGCGGGUACAACCAACCCUGACUACUUCGAUUUUGAGCGCCACUCAAGCUUAGAAGGCUACGCCUCUGAUUUGCUCGCUAUUCUAGAAGAGCUUUACGUUGAAUCUUGCAUUUUUGUUGGUCACUCUGUUUCCGCAAUGAUAGGUGUUAUUGCCUCUAUUUCUCGCCCCGAUCUCUUCUCAAAACUCGUUAUGGUCGGCGCUUCUCCCAGGUAUUUGAACGACGUGGAUUACUACGGAGGAUUUGAGCAGGAAGAUCUGAACCAAUUGUUCGAUGCGAUGGCGUCGAAUUACAAAGCGUGGUGCCAUGGGUUUGCUCCAUUGGCGGUGGGAGGGGACAUGGAUUCUGUGGCGGUGCAGGAAUUUAGUCGAACGUUGUUCAACAUGAGACCGGACAUAGCGCUAAUCGUGUCGCAGACCAUUUUCCAAAGCGAUAUGAGGCAGAUUCUGAGCCUCGUCACUGUCCCCUGCCACAUCAUACAAGCGGAGAAAGACAUGGCGGUUCCCGUGAUGAUUUCGGAGUACCUUCACCAACACCUUGGUGCUGACUCCAUCGUCGAGGUCAUGGCUACCGACGGUCACUUACCGCAGUUGAGCUCGCCGGAUACCGUUAUUCCGGUGCUGCUCAAGCACAUUCACCUUGAUAUUGAGACAGGGAGGUAGAAAUUGAUGUUACUUAAUCAAUUAAUUGUUGUUGAAACUGAAAAAAUAAUAAAAAAUAAAAAUCUGUCUUUGUCUUUGUCUUUUUCUUUUUUAUAUUUGUUUUGUAAAAUAAAAACGGAAGCAGGGGCGAAUAAGUUCCUUCAACUGCUUAUCUGUGUUUGUUGUAUGGCAAGUUAUUGUGGAAGAGCCCUAGUGGUAGCAAGACUUUGAUGCAUGUCAAUGUCCGUCACUGUGUUGUGAGAAUUUCUCGCUGGUGAAUUGGGGGUUGGUGAACCUUGAGACAAAAAGAACUAGUGUAGUGUGUCUUGUAAUUGUUAUAAACGUGGUUUAUGCAGCAGUGCAAAUUGCUAAUGAAACUAUGAAAGAUUGGGAUUCGAUUUUCUUGGA